AUGGGGGAUUCUUCCCACAGCAAGCCGCCGCCGCCGAAGAUUCUUGUGCCGUACCCCUUCGACUUCCCUCCGGCAGCCGCCCGCACCAGGAUGUUGGUGCCGGCAUAUGAUCUCAUGUUCGGGAAGCUCUCGAUGUGCAACCUGUUCGACGGCCACUUCCUUCAGCCCGGUUGGAACGCAGGGAUCACCUUCAAGCCGUCGGUGAAAGAUGAUCACAUAUCUAAAAAUGGUGGGGAUGCGUUGCUUCGAUGGCAGAGGGAUUUGGAUGAUCCACAUACCUUUGUGGACCUUCUUGUGUCGACUUCAAAACCGCUGCGCCUGAGGUCAUGCGCUUACUACCCUAAGUAUGGUAUCAGUGCCUUUGGGGUGUUCCCUUUGCUUAUGGAAAACAGGGCAUGUUCAGAGGACUAUGGUGUCAUGGGUUUAAGAUAUAUUUCAGAGAAUCUAUCAAUUGGAGGGUCCUUUGUGCCAUUUCCUUCGUCCCAUGAGAUUCCAUACGGUGCAUGGUUAGUUGGGAGAAAAGGAAAUUUAAGUGCGGGACUUCAAUACAAGCCGCUUAAUGGAAGCAAUCAUCCUAUGCCUUUUAUAAAUUUGAAGAAUUGGAACUGUGCAAUCAGCUAUUGCAAUCGCCCAACUUGCCCACUCAGCCCUUCAUUAAAUUUUGCUCUAGAGCUUGUCAGAAGCAAACAGUUGGUUGCAUCCGUCUAUCAACACCACAUUCUUCAAGGAAGGGAAAAAUAUCGUCUUGGCCGUGAUCAUAUCACCGGAUCAGUAGUGUACGUUGAUUUCGGACUUGAGAUGGCAACAAGGGUGGAUAAAGACAAACCAGCCGACAAUGCCGACAAGUCCUCAAUUCAUAUAGCUGCAAGUUUGCAGCUAAAUAAUCACUUACUAGUAAAGGGGAAGUUAGGUCCCUCCAACUCUUCUGUAGCUUUGGCGUUCAAGCUUCCACCCUUCUUCACGCUGAGUGUCACAGUUACCAAACAGUCGAUGGAGACAGGAAGAUUUGACUAUGAUUCAAACGACUUUGUCAAUUUACCGACAUACUUGAAACCUAUCGACAAAGUAUUGUAA